UUUUGCCUUCUUUGUUUCUCUUAUCCGAAAUCACCGUUAGACAUGACUUUUAGGUAACGUUACUCUCGUUCAUAAUGAUAUAGACAUGGAAAUUACUCGUAGCUUUUUACUGUGGCCAAGGACUCAGCGAAUGACUUAUAUAACAUCCUAGUUGUGACUUUACAUGCAUACAUUCCUAUUGCAUUUUGUCCUUUCUCUUCGAUAAUUCUAUGCUGAUUUGGUCAAAAUUUGAACAGGUCAAAACUUGGCAUAACGUUAAUACACUAUUGUAUCCUUAACAAAUAAAUCCCGGGCCUAGCUGCGAACAUUCCGGUUUAUCGGGCCACAGGUAUGGCUACAGAGAAGGUAGGGCUGCUAGACCAGCAGGGUGACGGGGACGCUCCUCCCCCUCCAUACUCUGAUGAACAGGGGGCCUGGGCGAGUUGGGCACCUUACAGCCAGCAGACACCUGCCCAACCUUCACCUGGUGUCGGGAACGCCUACCCGUACUGUGGUGGAGUUACACAGCAUCCAGUAGACCCACAGCAUACCAAGGUAAUCGUCACUGGUCCCCAGCCGGUGUGCUACCUGCCGCCGGCACCUGUCCUCAGUAAGUACCCGGUGGGUAUGGAAUGUCCCAGCUGUCACCAGCUGAUCCUGACCAAAACAGAGUACGUGAACGGACAGCUCUUCUGGGUCUCUGUUCUGCUUCUCUGCGUGUUCGGAUUCUGGCUGGUCCUGUGCUUCUUGCCGUGCUGUGCAAGGCCUGUGAAGGACGUCCGACACUCGUGUCCGCAAUGUAAUGCCGUUCUGGGGACCUUCCAGCGGCUGCGCUAGUAAUUGCUUUACGAUACUGACAUGAAAAGUGUUUCAUCCAGUAUUCCAAUUCAAUUAAAAGAAUAGUUAGCUACAUAAGCAACGAAAAUAACAGUAUUUCGAUAUCUAUAGUGUUUUAAUGGCUAUCAGUUCAGUCAAUUUCAGUCAUAUAACGUUACAUGCACAGGCAACAAUACUACAUUAUAUAUCAUCCUGUUGAAAUUCUCGGAUUCUAUUUCUGUGCAUUUGCUAUAAUUACGUAAAAAUGAUAAUCAAGUAAGUUGAAGUGUUUUAUACGAUCACAAUAAUACCAAAGAGCGUUUAUUUCUUAGUCAUUUCAGGUGAAUUUAGACAUGUAUUAUGGGUACAUGUAGUUCUCAGAAAAUUGCCGAGUAGCAUAAAUACUUUCGUUUGGCGGUUCAUUUAAUAAAACCUUAAGCUUGUACUAAAACAUACGAUUUAAUAUUACUUGCAAGAAUGUGCGUAAAGGGUAAUAUUAUAAAUCUUAUCACUCACUAUUAUCAAUAUUUUUCUUACUAUUCAAUAUUGUAUGUACAUGUUUUAACUUGCUACUGCAUUGCUGAAUGACUCCGCUAGGAGUAUUAAAUACAUUUUACAUGUCUU